AUGGAUGUACUUGAAUUACCUCGACCCGUUAUUAAUUUUCUUCGAACUAUGGCUAAGGAAAGUUGUCGUUAUGUUUUAUCAUGGGACAUAUUUGGUGGAACGGAUACAGUAACACUUACACUUACAUGGAAAUUAAUUGAUAAUGAUGAAUAUCAUCCGUCAAUAUUAAAAUCUUCACAACAACAUAUCAAUAAUGAUUCUUUAUCAUCACCACGUCGUUCACGUCGAGAUGAAAAUUCUUCUACAUCAACUAUAAAUUAUAUAUCUACAGGCAAAAACCAUCUUGAAGAAAAUAAUCUAACACUAAAUAAACAAAUUGUUUCUUCUUCUCAACAACAAGUAUCAAAUUUAAAACGUUCAUCAAUUAUUAAUCAACAACAAAAUACGUCAGAUCCAAUCUAUGCUAAUUUAUAUCCUAUGAAAUCUACUAUGCAUCGUACAUUAUAUUCUUCAUUGAAUAAAAAUUCAUCUUUAUCUACUAGUCACAUACAUCAUCCAUCAUGUGAAUCUCCAAGACUUCGAAAACCUAAACCAACUAUACCAAUUGUUAGUCAUAUGAUCUCAAAAUUAACACGAACAAAUCGUAUCAUUACUUCAAAUGAUACUAUUGAUGGUGAUGAUGAUGAUGAUACACUUGAUCCAUGGGUUAAACGUUUUGAAUCUUUAUUUGAAAAUAAUACGAAUGAAAUCAUUGAUCAAUCUAAAGAUAGAAUUAAUGAAUUAGGUGUUACGUCUGGCAAAGUUAAAUUUAAACGAAAACCUGAUUAUUUUUAA